UGGCAGCAGCAUGAGAGGAGGCGGUACGGGGGCCCAUGGCAGAUUACGGGCCUGGCAGCAGCAAUGGGAGGCCGUAAUCUGCCAGCACCCUAUGACAAAAUGGAACACACCAGCAGUGUGAGGAGACCUGAAAGUGGCACAUGGCAGAGUGUGGCGAUGGAGACAGCAGCAAUGGGAGGCCGUACAGGGACCCAUGAGACACUCUGGACCUGGCAGCAGCAUGAGGAGGCGGUACAGGGGCCCAUGGCAGACUCUGGACCUGGCAGCAGCAUGAGGAGGCGGUACAGGGGCCCAUGGCAGAUUACGGGCCUGGCAGCAGCAAUGGGAGGCCCGUAAUCUGCCAGCACCCUAUGACAAUAAAUGGAAACACACCAGCAGUGUGAGGAGACCUGAAAGUGGCACAU